AUGCAUAAUAAGGUUGUCUUGGACCUGGACCAUACUGCUCACGAUGAUAUCCGUUGGACGCCAUUCACCAACUACACUGCUGUUGUCCCAUUUGAUCGCAUUGCGUUAUACUCUGGAUGGUUGGCAUGCGGGGCCAACACCAUGGUUAGGUAUCUGACGGAGCGGUGCAUGAGGCAGUUUGCACGUGUGCAGAUGAUACCUAGGUCAUUGUUUGAGGUUGCUCCCGACACAGUUACCCGAGUGAAGCUCACUGCCAAAUUUAACGAUUGGGCACAUCAUUUGGUCCCGGAGGAGUAUCGUCGCAUGCAGGCCACCAAGGAGUGGCAUUGUGUAGAGGG